UCCGAUACACAGAGAGACAGAGUCACAGAGAUGCCGAGAAACGAUACGAAACCGAAAUCAACCCGAAAACCGCUUCGAGAUUUAUCAACCAACAACAACUACAACAAUGGAGGCGGAAGGUUCUCGAAAUCCGUGAAGACGAAGAAGAAAUCGGACGACAAUAAGCAAAUGGACGAAGCAUCAGACGACAAUGCACUCGAUCGCCUCUUACUUGUGCAGUCCGACCUUUCGAAUCUUCUUCAACAGAUUGAUGAACUGGUUGUGCAAGCAUUUAAAGUUAAGACAAUGAGCAAAGAGGGGAAAAAAGAAAUUGAAUCUUUCACUCAUGUCUUGUCUGAUAUGAGUUCUACUUUGAAGCCAUGGGUUCCCAGAUUCCAGAAGGCUCUCUCCAGUCCUGCUGAGUCUGAGAAUCAAUUGGCGCAGACUUUAGCAAGUAAAACUGCUUCUGCUGCAGAUGAAGAUGAAAAAACUUGUGAAUUUGGGAGUCCAGAAGAAGACAAGGAAGACACUUUAAUCUCUCCUUCUCCCCUUGUAUCCUGGCGAGUCAAUUGCACUAUUGAAAGAAAUAGACAACUGUUUUUGCUCACACCUCUCCCUAUUUCGAAAUCUCUGUCGUCCAAACAUCAGGACACUUCCAAAUCACAAUUUGAAAGGAUUGCCUCCAAUCAUACAAUAGAGCUACCACGAUUUUCAACUAUUUUGGGAGAUGCAAACGAUGAUUUGCUGGAAGGAGUGCCAAUAAAACCAACUCCAAGGAAGCCUUCGGAAUCUCUAGUGCCUGGAAACGGAAACACUCUAGAGUCUGCAUUUUUUGCUUCACCAAUGGUUUCAAAAGGAGAACACUCCAUGUUUAUGAUAACUCCAUGUUUAAAAAUGUCCCCUCCUAAAUCUUGUGUGUUGCUUGAGCCUAUUUCUGAGUCCACUCAUCGACCCUUUGACAAAGUUCGUAAGUCCACUCCAUUUCCAGUUGGAAUUCAUAAUUGCCAAGGCUCAGAAUCUUCUGAGUCCUCCGGUAGUGAAGCUUCUGAGGACCUGGCAUUUAAGUACCCAGAACUGCUAGGAAUACAGCAGGCUUGUAAAUCAGUAAUUCAGAAGAAAGAGUUGGAAACAUCACCAGACUGGUCAUUCUCCCCUCCUAAAAGUUGUGUUUUGUUGGAGCCACCUGAUGAAAAAUCAUUGGAAAAUGUUGCUGACGUUCACACCAUGCCAAUCACUUCUUGUGAUUUAAAUCAGCAAAAUCUCUCUGUAUUAAAAGGAAAUGAUAUUCAAAAACCCUCUCAGCAAACCAAGAAAUCGUUCCACCCAGAAAUGAUUCGAGGCAAUGCAGCAAUAGUAGAAAGCACUCCCCUGUGGAAGGAACCAGAGAGCACAAUGAGAACCGGCAAGCGUCCUGGUGAGAGUACUCUAAAGAAAGAGUUGUGGACGAGGUUUGAGGCAGCAUCGAGUAUUGAGAUUAGUUACAAUGCCUCUGCAUUGCAAAGGACUGCUAGGAAAGGAUUUCUUGACAUGCUGGAAGAGGCUUCCUGUGAUGAAGAAAGUUCAGUGAUCAAUGGUCUCAGAUAACAGUUGUUUUUAUGUUCUGUAAACGGUGGCAUUCUGUUGUAUGUUUUAAAAGUGUCCAGUGGCUUAGCGGAAAAUUGUCUCUUGAAGUGUUACAACGAUAGU